AUGACGGGAGGACCAAGAGUUUGUGACAACUGCUCCCCUGCAACAGAGCUCACCUGCCCAAGAACCACACUAUGUGAUUUUACAUCACUUAUACUUUCUAGAAAUGCUGAUCAAUGCUCAAGGUAUACAUGUACGGAAGGUGAGAUGUAUGCUUUGAUUGGCUCUCAACCUACUGUAAUUGAUGGAGCCGUAUGCGAUCGAACAAGUCAGUUGAUUUGGAAAACUACGGACGGACAGGUUGUAGGCAGAAAUCUACGAGCUACUUGUGCAUUGCGUGAGUUUUAUUCAACGUAUGAACGAAAUUAA